AUGAAACCCUCAGCAGCAGUAAUAUCCCAUGCCCUGGCCGCGGCUGUCUCGGCGCAGGCGCAGGAUACACUAGGCCUGUCAAGCGGCUACAAGAACAUAUCGACCGCCAAUUUCGACUUCAGCCUCGUGCAGGACUCGCAGGUCCUCGCUUCUAUUCGGCCAAGUGGACAAGACUUUGACUUUUCGCCGUCGCAAUUUCUCGAGUACCGUGUAGCCAACGGCCAGUAUCACGUUGGUGACAUUAACUUCCGGUACAGAGUAUCUGGAAACGGCGAGUGGAUUGACGCGAGCACCGCCUCAUCGCGAAAGCCCGUUGAAGAAAUCUCGCCGACUUCGGCACUCAGCGAGGCGGAUCUUACCGGCACGCUGCCUGACUCAUUCCCCCUCGAGGUGACGCGCAGGUGGACCGACGUUGACGGCGAUCUAGGGUUGAUCUUUACCAUUACAAACCCUCAAAGUCAAUCCGUUGAGCUAGGAAGUCUCGGGCUUCCACUUGAAUUCAACAGCAUUUUCUUCAAUUAUACCGCUGAAGAAGCGCUAGCCAAAUGCUCGCUCAUCGAUCCGUACAUUGGCCUCGGGGGAGGUUACGUCCAGGUAUCGCCGACCAGCGGAACCGGUGCCGCGCUGGUGAUCACUCCUAUUGGCGACACGCCAUUCGAGGCGUGGAACUUCCUCAACGAACCAACGGACGGCGCGCUCCCGUAUCACAGUCAGGUGUUUGAGGGGUUCUAUGAAUGGCAGACACUCACCAAGGCCCAUGCCGAGAACGAAUGGGCGGGCGUUGAGCCGUGGAAUGAACCAACAUCAAAGGUCCUCGAGCCAGGGAGUAGCUGGACAGUCGGGCUGCGUCUAUCUCUGGUCAAAGACGGAGUUCGUGGGAUUGGAGAUAUUGUCGAGGCCACAGGCACACCGUAUGCUGUUGGCGUCCCGGGGUACAUUAUCCCGGCAGACCUGGAGGCGUCACUGUACUUGUUCACCAACAAGACUGUGGCUGAUAUGACGACGACACCAGCCCAGGCGUUUAAGAUGACUAAAGGCCACUCGGACAAUCUCUGGAAACUCCAGCCACAGCCGGGGGUUUGGGGCCGUGUCCGAUUGACGGUCACCUACAGCGACGGCGUCAAUCAAACAGUCCACUACUACAUCACGGACAGUGCCUCCGAGGCCAUCGGGAAGCUGGGGAACUUCUUCACCACAAAGGCAUGGUUCAACGACUCAUUAGAUCCCUUUGGUCGAGCCCCCUCUGUGAUCAGCUACGACCGCAUCGCAGACAAGCAGGUCGAGCAAGACCCUCGUGUCUGGAUAGCAGGGCUCAUGGACGAAGGCGGGUCAGGCGCGUGGCUGGCAACGUUGAUGAAGCAGUCUGUGCAGCCUGAGCCAGAACAGAUCACCAAAUUGGAGCAAUUCAUCGAGUACACUUUAUGGGGAGAUAUCCAAGUCCGCGAUAACCGCACCGGCCCAACGAAUACCAGCGCAGACAUUCAUGGCGUCCGCAAGAGCGUCUUUUUCUAUCAGCAGGACUAUGUUCCCGAUUACGAGUAUGACUCGUCCAUUGACUGGGGCAACUGGUGGAGCUGGAAUCGCGCGGACUCGUACUCUGUCGAUGGCCGAGCGUACAAUUACGUCCACGUCACUGCUGCAUAUUGGGCCAUGUAUCGGGUUGCCAGAGCAUAUCCCGGACUUGUAUCAGUGCACGAUUGGGAAUGGUACCUGGAUCAGGCGUACGAGACCGUCAUGCGAUGCUAUGUUCAAGACGAGACUGGUUAUUACUAUGUCGGAUACGCGUUGGUGGGCUUGAUGGGCGAAACGGUUUGGGGAGAGUUGCUGAAUGAUCUCAAGCGCGAGAACCAAACGGAGAAGGUGCGGCGGUUGGAAACGGUUAUGCAAGAUCGGGUCGAUUAUUGGGCCUCUCUCCCUGCGCCUUUCGGUAGCGAGCAGGCCUGGGAUUCCACCGGUCAGGAGGGUGUUUAUUACUGGACGAGAUACUUCGGCCACGAGGCACUCGUGAACAAAACGAUCAAUAGCAUCCUCGGGUACAUGCCUACGGUGGCGCACUGGGGUUGGAACGGAAACGCUCGUCGUUACUGGGAUAACAUAUAUGGAGGAAAGCUCCAGCGCUUCGAACGCCAGAUCCACCACUACGGAUCUGGCCUCAACGCCUUACCCCUGCUAUCCCAUUUUCGCCAUAACCCCCAAGACACGUACCUUCUGCACGUAGGAUACGGCGGCAUGAACGGUCCGCUCUCCAACAUCGACGAAGAGGGGUUUGCGUCUGCUUCGUUUCACUCAUGGCCUGAUACUCUUGCUUGGGACGGAUACAGCGGCGACUAUGGGCCAAAUUUCCUUGGUCUCGUGCUUGGCUCUGAGGUGUAUCUUGUCGACGAUCCAAAGCUCGGCUUGGUUGCAUACGGCGGGAACGUCAGGUCCUCUGAUAAUGAUUCCAGCAUCAUCGUCGCAACCAGGGAUGCAGUGAAGCAUCGCAUCUUUGUUGGCCCGCUCUCGCUCUCUGUUACCAUUGAUGCGGGUGCGAUCGAGGAGUUUGAGUAUGAUUCUGAAAAAGACACGGUCUCGCUGACGCUUGCGACAAAAUCAAGCUCGGCUCCUGUUACGGCUGCAGAGGUUGAGGCAGUGAUUGUUUGGGUGGAGGAUAUUAGCGGGUCGAGAGUAUAUGCUCUUGCUGGAGAGUAUGAGAGAGAGCGAGAGGGUUGGAAAGUGCCAUUUGGCGAUCAAAGCGAGGUCACUAUUGUGGUUGCAGCUCAGUAA